UUUUAGCAGUUGUGCUGGGACUUCUUAUAAGUUAACAUCAAUCUUUAUAUUUCUGUAGUCAUCUUUUUCAUUUCCUUUGCCUCGGUCUGUAACAAAACGAGACGGAGAAUAAACGUAGUGCCAUACUUCAAAGAAGGAAGUUAGUGUGUGAAAUAGUGCAGUGACAUUAAUCAAGUUAUCAAGGAUUAUUAUUUAUAUUUCUUGCAUUGACUUUAUUUUGUCUUCUGCUCAUGAACGUAUCAUUAUAUAGUGUGAAAAAAAGAAGUAAUACGGGUUUACGUGCCACUCAAAAAAUUGGAUUAACUGGUGGUGACUGCCUUCGCGGUAUAUCAAUUACCUGCGAAGAGCAAAAUUAUUUUCACUAAAAACCCGUUGCUUCUUCAAGGCCCAAAUAUGCUUGUCGAAGAGAUGCCUCGUAGUUUCGUGAAGAAAAACAACAGUUACAGUCACUGUCCGCUUAAAAAGCGACCAGUGGUUGUUAUGAUAAACGAGGAUGUUCCAAAAGUGAUUAAAGAAGAGAUCAUUGACGUGGGAGUGGAUGAUAUUCCCGAGCCCGAAAACUUGAGCACAAAACCAGAAGAUCUAAGUAGACACGCUGAACGUCAUUUAAGUCAAUCACAACCACAACAACAGCAGCAGCAGCAAUUAUUGCAACAGCAUGAACGACAACUAAAAGAAGAAGAAAAACAACAACACCACCCUCAUCAUCAUCAUCAUCAGCAGCAGCAACAACAGCAUCAGGUAUCGUCGGAACAGUUAACGCAUAAGCAAGAGUAUUCUUCAAGGACGCCGUCACCUCCGAUGAUGCGAUCACCUUCUCCUAUCUCACUUAAAUCGGCCUCGCCAUCGGCGCAUCAACAUCUUCAUAUACUUCACCCGGUGAAUUUCCAUUAUCACAAUCAUUUCCCUACAAAGGCAAUCACGCCGCCGGCUGGAAUCGCACCAAUUCAUCCUGUUGCAAAGAAGGCUCGCGUCGAAGUUCUCCAGCAUGAAUGUUCCUCUUCUACGGUGGUAACAGGUACGACAACUACGACGGAUACGGCUGCGGGUACGGGUACAGCCGCGGUUUCACCUAGUUCAGCGGCAUCGCUUCAUUUCAUGGUUGCUAAGGCAUCCUUGGAGCCAUUGAACCUGAACACUCCGGUCGAGCCGUCAGCUCAUUACUCGACACCGACGUGGCCUCAUUCCGCGCCUCUGUAUCCACCUAACUAUUUCCCCUAUCCAGCCUAUAGAUAUCAUCCUGCGGGCCCGGAUCUCUAUUCGAAUUUUCCUAUGGCAUCUUAUUCACAUUCAAUUCCAGAAGAUCCUUCAUCGGUCUCGCCACCUCCUCACAUCGCUCUGACUUGUCCAACAAUCCAGAGACCAAUUGCCAGGACUUACACUCACUGGGCCAGUCCUGAUCAAUGCGGUCUUUCUCCUACUAGUUCCUUAGAAUCGGGAUCCUUGAGGUCACCUCCACCGAUCAUUCCCGAAGAUUUAUCUUCUCCAGGAAGUGAGAGUGGAAGAUCUUCCGCCGGUAGUACCUCGUCUGGUCCAACAAUCGUCAAUGCCAAGAUCGAUAAGAGUCCGACAAGUAACACCACCGCGGCUCUUUCUUCUUCCUCAUCUUCAACUACUUCUCAAAGGUAUAAGUGUACAGAUUGUGGAAAGUCUUAUUCCACGUAUUCAGGACUGUCGAAGCAUCAACAUUUCCACUGUGCUGCAGCGGAUGGUCAAUCGAAAAAAGCGUUUUCUUGCAAAUCUUGUGAUAAGAUUUACUUUAGUCUCGGUGCUCUUAAAAUGCAUAUCAGAACGCACACGCUACCAUGCAAGUGUACGAUCUGCGGCAAAGCGUUCUCCAGGCCAUGGCUACUUCAAGGGCAUAUCAGGACUCAUACCGGAGAAAAGCCGUUCAGUUGUCAGCACUGCAAUCGCGCUUUCGCUGACAGAAGCAAUCUAAGAGCUCAUUUGCAAACUCAUAGCGAGGUAAAAAAGUAUUCUUGCUCGUCUUGUAGAAAGACGUUUAGUCGAAUGUCUUUGCUGUCGAAGCAUCAGGAAGGUGGUUGUCCUGGUAUAACCGUAGCCAUAGGCUAUGACCAUGUAUAAAUAAUUGGAAAAAUAAAUGUCGAGGAAAUCGAGAGUCUUAUGCUGUUCACACAGGUGUGAUAAUGCUCAAACGCGUUUUUAUAAAAUACCCGAUUGAAAUUAAGACUCUCGCUUUCACGGCAUUAUUUAAAAAAAAAAAUAUUUUUCGUAUCCGACAGUGCCUUCUUCGGGAAAAACGCCGAAUCGAAAAAUAAGUUAUUAACAAAACGUAAUUUUUACUUCGCUUCGAUUAAAAUUUGAUUUAACGAACUCGAAAUUUAAUCGAAGUCUCCAGAGACUUUAACGAGCGGUCACAAAUGAUUUCCGUUCAGAUUUAUUUUUCAACUAUGAUCGUAUCUUCCUUUUCUUUCUCUCUCUCUCUCUCCUCUCUCUUUCUUUCUUUUAAUAUUUACUCUCAUCAAUGUAAUAAAAGUCUAAAUCGAUCGCCGAGAAUACUAUCGUAAAUAUUCUUUUUUAUUUUUUUUAUUUUUUUUUAUUUCAGUUCGAUUUGAAUAUAGUAAUUUUCCUUCCAGAUAUAUUUAUCGACCGCCAUUCGUUAUAGAGAUAUAUAUAUAUAUAUAACUCAGAUUGGGUAUACGCGAGUGAGAAUAUUAUUACGAGUGUGUGUGUAAAAAAAGAAAAACAAAAAAAAUAUAUCAAAGUGUUGCCCGUACGUAGGGUAGCGGCGUACGCGCUUGUCUCUCUUACUUUACGAAAAUAUUGGUCAAAGAUUGUUUCUAUUUUUUUUUUUUUUGACCGCUAAAAGAAAGAGAAACGGGAAAAUAAAAAGCGUUCAAUGUUACCGCUCGACGCGGUCCCGUGAAAUCGCCGUGCCAUUUUGUUUUAUUUUUCUUUUUUCUA